AUGUCUGACAAGCCCGAUAUGGCUGAGAUUGAGAAGUUCGAUAAAUUGAAAUUGAAGAAAAAGGAAACGCAAGAGAAAAAUCCACUGCCUUCGAAAGAAACGAUUGAACAGGAGAAGCAAGCAGGCGAGUCGUAAUGAAGCAUGCGCCGCCAGCAUGCACUGUACAUUCCACAAGCAUUGCCUUCUUAUUUUACUUCUUUUCCCUGUUUAACUUUGUAAGAUGCAAAGAGGUUGGAUCGAGUUUAAAUGACUGUGCUACCCCUUUUUACAUCAAAGAAUGGAGAACUACUGACAAAGUAGGCCGCGCCUGCCUCUCCCAUCUGCCUAUGUGGCUGGCAGGGAAGGAAAAGAACUUGCAUGUUGGUGAAGGAGGAAGCUGGGUGGGACAACAGUGAAAUCUAGAGUAAAAAGCUGGUCCAAGGUGUCCUGCGGGCUGUAAAAUGCAGUUUAAUCAGAGUGCCAUUUUUUUUUUUGUUGUUGUUCAAAUAAUGAAAAUUUG